AUGCUGGACAAGCCGGACCGCAUGGACUUUAAGCCAUUGGACGUGAUUCGGAAACAUGGCGUGUUCUUUACUGUGACGGACGGCGGCCUCGUCGAGUGGCAGAACUUGAUACACAGACUUUCCUUUAGCGAGCUUACCGUCCCGUACUGUGAUCCCAGACCGCCCCAUCAUCGCAAGCAGGCAUUUGACUUUGGCGACGUGGGCGCUGGCUGGACGGCCAACCAGCUCGGCCUGGGCUGCGAUUGCCUCGGCGCGAUUAAAUACCUGGACGCUACUCUGGUAAAGCCGGAUGGCGAACCGAGCACUGUCAAGAAUGUCAUCUGUAUCCAUGAGCAGGACGAUGGUAUUCUGUGGAAGCACAACAAUCUCAUGACAGGGCGCGCAGUUGUCGUGCGCGACCGAAAGCUGAUCAUUCAAUUCAUCAUUACCCUAGGCAACUACGAAUACAUUUCUUCUUACCAUCUUGAUUCGCGGAAGGUAUUCACCUCGAGACACGCCCGACGGGUAUCAUGUCGCCGGGUCAGCAUCGAUCCCGGCAAGACGUCCCCGUACGGCACCAUCGUCGGACCCGGCGUCCUCGCGCAAAACCACCAGCACAUCUUCGCCGCGCGCAUCGACGCUGCCAUAGAUGUGCACCGCAACACUGUGACCACCGAGGACUAUUUGCCGAUGCCCAUGGAGCCGGAGCGGAACCCCUAUACACAGUGA